CCCUCAGUGUCCCCUCAGUGUCUCUCCCUCAGUGUCCCCUCAGUGUACCCUCAGUGCCCCUCAGUGUCCCUCCCUCAGUUUCCCCUGUGUCCCUCUCUCAGUGCCCCCUCAGUGUCCCUUCAUCUCUCCCUCAGUGUCCCCUCAGUGUCCCCAUCACUGCCCUCUCAGUAUCUCCUCAGUGUCCCCUCAUGUCCCCUGCAGCCCGGGUCCCUCCUGUGCUGAUGGAGCCCAGCCAGGGCCGGGGCAGAGCAGACCCUCCAGAGAAUCUGUGCCCUCAGCGAGCCCGUCCUGCAGGAGCUGUCUGCAGUGACAGUCCUGCUUUUGUCCCUUUCUGGGUACUCCUGCCCAGGUUCUUGUGCUCAGGGAUAACUCAGGAGCAGGCUCACUAAAAUUUAGCUUUGUCCCAGACAUCCUGGCCCUUAGGCCUCACCUCGUGCCCCUCACCCUGUCACCACCCCUGGAGCAGCUCUGGAGCCUCCAGCCCGUGGCACUGGGGUGGCUCCAGUGCCACAUCCUGGUGGGUCCCUUUGCAGGGACAUGGGGACAGGGGUGGGCAAACAGGGUCCAGCAGGUUCUUGGGCAUUUCUGCUGCACCCUCCCCCAGCAGUGUCACCCAGGACCCACACUGCCGACCCAGCAGAUUUCCUAUAAAAUUAAAGCAAUACUGUGAAAGCCUCCAAGUCAGUUAAAAUAUGUUUGUGUGAAAAGUGAGGCACAUGUUGGGAUUCCUGGGGUGGUCCUGUGCAGGGCCAGAAGCUGGACACAAUGACCCUUGUAGGUCCUUUUCCAGGAGGAAUUUGCCCAUGGAAAGGGUGCUCAGGCCUUGGCAGGGGCUGCCCAGGGAGCUUGGCAGUGCCCAUCCCUGCAGGUGUCCCCUGCAGGUGGCACUGAGUGCUCUGGGCUGGGGACAAGGCAGCAUAGCUGGCUUUACCUGGGAUUCUGUCCCUUUCAGCUCAGGAUAUUCCAUGUUUCUAUGAUUACAUGGCAUGAAGGUGAAGCUGGAGCAGUCACAGCAAGGGGUGCUCCACACCUCUUGGAGUCGGACCUAAAAGAUACCAAGGGUUAAAUCUGGAUCCUGAAAUGAGAGAGCUUUGUUAAGGGCAGGGAGGAAUUAAUUUACCCUCCACUGCAUUUCCCCUGGUUGUUACAGCAGAGAAACAAACAGGACUGUCUUUGUGCUAAGAGCAGAAUGCCUGGGGCUGAAGGGGACAACUCUCCUGGUGGGAAUGGCAUCCAGCUCUGCUCUACAAUUCCAGCCUGCCUGGAGUCUCCACUGUGGAGCCCCCACACUUCUGCUGCCUGUGGUGUGUCCCAGGAUCCCUCUCCCUUCUAAGGACAAAACUGCAUUUCCAGAAAUUCUUUCCCACCAUGUUCAGGCAACAACCAGUCCCAGCCAGGGGGAGUUGUACAAUUUGUUGUGAUUCAGACACACUCAUUCUGCCUUUCCCUGGAUUCAUCACUGACCCCAUCCUGCAUGGCUUAGAGCAGCUGCUCUGCCCCUUUCACUAAAGUCUGUGAGCAUCUGGCUUUGCUCUGCUGCUCUGGGCACCCUGUGCCAGCCCUGCCCACCCUGCCAGGAACAAUUCCUCACUGCCAAGAUCCCAUCCAUUGCUGCCCUCUGGCACUGGCAGCCAUUCCCUGGGUGCUGUCCCUGCAGGCCUUGUCCCCAGCCCCUCUCCAGUUUUCCAGGGGUUCCUGCUGUCCCCUGCUGCCCCGAGUUCUGUUCUGAAGCCACCCCUUGCUGGGUGCCUGCAGCAGCAGUGUGGUGGGGAAUCACCUGUGCCCUCCAAGCCAGCCCAGACUGGCCACAGCCAAAUGGGCCCUGUGGGGCAGGACGGGCUGGGGCUGAGGUGUAAAUUUGCAGAGUGGCUGCAAAAGGCCAUUGCCAUGACAGACAGUCCCCAGGCACAGGGGCAAGACCCUAAUCCGAUUAAGAGGCUGAUUCACCUGCUGUUAUUCCUCUGCUGUUGUGCCCAUCUGAAGAGAUUUAAAGGUUAAAGAGCUGCUGUGGGGAUAAAACCAACCAUUAGAGGGAUCAGUACAGGAGAGCAGCAUGGAGUGGGCCUGUCUGAAUUGGAAAUUACUGGAAAUUACUUCUGCCUCUCUUCCUCCUGUUUUGUCUGCCUUCCUCCUUCCCCCUCAGCUCUAUGGCCAUCAUUACCCAUCCAUGAAAAGUCAUCUUGCUCCCACACCAGUAAAACUAGGCCCUGAUGGGUCACAGCGUGGGUCCAGGCCAGGAGGCUUCUCACCACAAGCCAUGUCUCUGCCUGUUUUCAACAGGCUCCAGAAACCCAGCAUUUAUUAACCACAUUUAAAAAAUAAUAUUAAUGCUGCAGUCAACACCCCCCUCUAGCCUCUGUGUUUGAUGUCCUGCCUGUCCCAGGCUCACCCUCCUGCUGCCCCUCCCUGAGCGUUUCCCUGCUGCUGGUUCAGAUGCAGCAGAAAAGCAUCAUUAUCUUUUCCCUUUUAAAGCUCGGCCUUGCAGAGCUGAAAAUGAAUCUCCUAUCAGAGACGAGGCGAGUGCAUUGCUAAGAACAGCCCCAGAUGCAGCCUGGGUUUUAAUUUCAAUGCCAGGGAAUUCAGGCUGCAGAGGUAAUAAAUGCAGAGGCCACUGAGGCCAUUCAUUGUCAUCCCCAGCUGGGCGAGCAGCUGCUGGCUCGGGAUGGGAAUGCCUGCCUGGGAAUUCAGGCUGCACUAUUCCAUCACACUCCUUGUAGCUCUGUAGGGUGAAUUUGGGCAACUUCUGGAGUCCCCAGAUCUGCUGAGAGGCACGGGUGUGUUGUGUGCCUGCUGUGCAGGUGAGCAGCCCAGGCAGCACCGAUACCUUUAUCUGCCCCACACAGCCCCGCUGCCCGGGCUAUCAGAGCCUGCCUGGGGCUGCUCACAGCGCCUCUCCCACGGCCCAGAAAUGGAAAAAAUUAAUAAAGUCUCAUAGAACCCUGUGGUGAGGAGCUACAGUGUGACUGCAGAUGUGAAUGGCCCAAGAGGAUCACGGUGAUGGGCUCCUGCCACUGUGUCUCCAGUGAGAUCACACAGUGCCAGACUGCUGCAGCUUGGGAGGGACCUUAAACCUCACCAGUGCCACCCUGCCAGGGCAGGGACACCUUCCCCUGUGCCAGGCUGCUCCAGCCCCAGUGUCCAGCCUGGCCUUGGGCACUGCCAGGGAUCCAGGGGCAGCCCCAGCUGCUCUGGGCACCCUGUGCCAGCCCUGCCCACCCUGCCAGGGAACAAUUCCUCAUUGCCAAGAUCCCAUCCAGCCCUGCCCUCUGGCACUGGGAGCUAUUCCUGUGUCCUGGCACUGCAAAAGGGAGAGGGACUGAGGCAAAAUCCAGGUCUCCAGGAGAUUUUCCCAAGUUCAUAGGGCAAUGCACCAUGCCAUGAAUGGGAUGUACCAAAACCACAACAGCCAUGGCAUGAGGUUUGCCUGGUGUGAGGAUGAGGCAAAGGAUGAGAAAAGUGCUUCAAGAGAAGAAGAAAUCACAAGUUCAAACAGAAAAGCAGACAGAGAAUUCCAGAAUCCCAGAAUGGUUUGGGUUGGGAGGGGUUUUAAGGAUCAACCGGUGCCACCCUGCCAUGGCAGGGACACCUUCCCCUGUGCCAGGCUGCUCCAGCCCCAGUGCCCAGCCUGGCCUUGGGCACUGCCAGGGAUCCAGGGGCAGCCCCAGCUGCUCUGGGCACCCUGUGCCAGCCCUGCCCACCCUGCCAGGGAACAAUUCCUCAUUGCCAAGAUCCCAUCCAUUGCUGCCCUCUGGCACUGGCAGCCACUCCCUGGCUCCUAUUUCUGCCUCCCCAUGUAAGAAGUUCCUCUCCAGCAUUCCCAGAUCAAUGGACCAGUAUCAGUCUGUAACUAGAAGAUUUCAGAGGUCUGGAUGAGACUUCUUAACCAUCCCACAGUCAGACCCAAAGCCACAGAUUCAAAGGAUCCUGGAAUGGUUUGGGCUGGAUAAUCACCCAGUUCCAGCUCCCUGCACUGGGCAGGGACACAUUCUACCGGAGCAGGUUGCUCCAUGCCCCAUCCAGCCUGGCCUGGAAUAAUUCCAUGUCUGUGGUUGUGUCUGGAUGCCUGACAGCUCAAGCAUCCUGGCUUUGCCUUUCUGAGCACAGGGGUACAGCUUCACUGGAGGCCUGGAAACCAGGAAAACACCUGUGGAGGUGUCAGCCAGAGUCAGACAAAAGCCUGUAGGCAGAGCCUGACCUGGUGGAAAUGGAUGCUGCUGAUGGCCUGUGACGGGGCAGGGUCCUGCUGUCCUUUCAUUCCUGCAGGGAGAGACCCCUGGAGGGCUCACACUGGACACACGUGGGCAAGGAGCCUGUUCACAGCUGCAGCCCACCCUGCCAUCCCACACAGGUAUUCCUGGAAACCUGGAGCUGAGGAGGUGACCUCUGCUUCACCAGCACCAUCCCUGCAAGUGUCCAAGGCCAGGCUGGAUAGGGCUGGCAGCAACCUGGCAUAGUGGAAGGUACCCUGUCCAUGGCAGGGGGUAGAACUAGAAGAGCUUUAAAGUCCUUUCCAACCCAGACAAUUCCAUUAUUCUAAAGCACCUCUCUGAGGGCUCUGUGCCUGUUCAGGGAUGGGUGGAAUGUCCAUGCCUGUGGUGAACAGGCAGCCAGGGCUGAGGGAGAGAGAGAUAAGAGGGUACUGUGUGCUGGCCUGGCCUGUUAAGGGACUCGCAGGGAUUUCCUCGAAGACCACACCUCACUGCAGAGUGACCACUGCAUGGGGACCCCCGGCAGGGACCCCCGCCCGUGCCAGCCAAUGGCCCCGCUGCAGGGGCCGGCCCGGGGCUGGCCCAGGCCAUAAAACCCGGCCCAGGCUCCGGGCUCAGCACAGCUCUGUGAACUCCUGCAGCCACCAUGGUGCACUGGUCAGCCGAGGAGAAGCAGCUCAUCACCAGCGUCUGGGCCAAGGUCAACGUGGAGGAAUGCGGCGGCGAGGCCCUGGCCAGGCUGCUGAUCGUCUACCCCUGGACCCAGAGGUUCUUCUCUGACUUCGGGAACCUGUCCAGCCCGACGGCCAUCAUCGGCAACCCCAAGGUGCGUGCCCAUGGCAAGAAGGUGCUGACCUCCUUCGGGGAGGCCAUCAAGAACCUGGACAACCUCAAGGGCACCUACUCCAAGCUGUCGGAGCUGCACUGCGACAAGCUGCACGUGGACCCCGAGAACUUCAGGCUCCUGGGUGACAUCCUGGUCAUCGUCCUGGCCGCCCACUUCACCAAGGACUUCACCCCUGCCUGCCAGGCCACGUGGCAGAAGCUGGUCGGGCUGGUGGCCCACGCCCUGGCCCGCAAGUACCACUGAGGCCUCGCGAGGCACCUGUCUGUAAAGGGCAAUAAAAAACACGUUUUCUGGAA